AAAAAACACGAUUGUUAUAUUUCUUUGAUAAAUGAUUGAUAAAUGUAUAUCUAAAUGAAUUUUGUAAUAUCUAAGCGAAUAAAUGUAAAUUAAUUAAUAACAAAACGAGCAGAACUAAAUUUCGUUUAAAACACGAAGCAAUACAUGAGUUUAAUUAAUAACGUUCGUUUCAACGAAGUCUAUUUAACAAACACGAAAUGUCAACCGAACAACAACAACAACAACCCGAUUCUUCUUCUUCAAGCAACGAAGCUGAUCGUUUAUUCUGGAAUAUAACAGUGACAAAGCCAAGAAAAUAUCUUCGUCAUUAUCAGUAUUUAAUCAAAAGGGAUAAUUUACCAACAGUAAAAGUGACUAUACUAAAUAAAUCUUUGGCUCGUUUGCGUUGCAAAGGUUACGAACGCAUUGUAGAAAUGAUCGAAGAUGUUCGUAACAAAAAUCGUAAUGUUUCCGAAUUAGAAGCCGAUUCAUCUACGUGUGCCGAAGUCGAACGUUUUUUCAAAGAUAUUGUUGUAGCCAAGCCGAGGAAAUAUGUUCAUCAUUAUCAGUAUGUUUUAUACCGAGCGGGUUUACCGGCUUUGAAGGUAACGAUUCUUAAUAAGGAGCUGGCUCGUUUGCGUUGCUGUGGUUACGAGAAAAUCGUACGAAUGAUAGAAUAA